AUGAUCCGGCUGGGGGGCAAGUGUCUGCGGCGGCCCCGGGGGGCCCCGACUGGGCGUCUGGAGGCGUCUGGUGGGGUGGGCGGCCGCCCCCUGCGAGUGCUGGUGGACAUGGAUGGUGUACUGGCCGACUUCGAGGGUGGUUUCCUCAGAAAGUUCCGCGCGCGCUACCCCGACCAACCUUUCAUCACGUUGGAGGACCGGCGCGGCUUCUGGCUGUCGGAGCAGUACGGCCGGCUGCGGCCAGAGCUGAGCGAGAAGGCCGUCAGCAUAUGGGAGUCGAAGAAUUUCUUUUUUGAACUUGAGCCUCUGCCAGGGGCUGUGGAAGCCGUUAAACAAAUGGCCAACCUAGAAAACACUGAUGUCUUCAUCUGCACCAGCCCCAUCAGGAUGUUUAAAUACUGUCCUUAUGAGAAGUAUGCCUGGGUGGAGAAGUACUUUGGUGCUGACUUUCUGGAACAUGUUGUACUGACUAGAGAUAAAACGGUGAUCUCUGCCGACCUUCUUAUAGAUGAUCGGCCAGAUAUAACAGGGGCUGAGGCGAACCCCAGCUGGGAACAUGUCCUCUUCACAGCCUGCCACAACCGGCACCUGCAGUUGUCACCUCCCAGCCGGAGGCUGCACUCAUGGACAGACGACUGGAAAGCCAUUCUGGACAGCAAGCGGCCCUGCUGA